ACCAUACAAACUAAUUCUGCUGCUUAUCCUGUCUCUCUCAGACCGCCCUGGUAUGCUGGACUUCAAAGGCAAAGCAAAGUGGGAUGCCUGGAAUGCAUUGAAAGGAGUGUCCAAAGAAGACGCAAUGAAAGCUUACAUAGCAAAAGUGGAAGAACUAAAGGGCAAAUAUGGCAUCUGAGGACUGGAUAUAGCAGCCACUUGCACACCUGAAACAUGCCUUAUUUCUAAUACUGUGGGGAAGACUGGUUUCUGAAAAUAAUUUUAAAUACUGAGUAUAUUGUAGUCAGUUCUCCUCAUGCCUGUAGUUCAGGGGAAGUUGCGUACCUGCCUAAUGUACUGACACCUUAUAAAUUCCUUCUGGGAACAAAAUCUGGAACUCAUUAAAGUGCAUUUGGUACUU